CCAUCUGAUCAGACUCCAGAUCCUAAGUCACUGAUAAAUCUCUAGCACACCUAGAACGUGCCUGGCAUUUAGAUCAUCCCCAGUAACGAUUGAAUGAGAGUCACUUCAACAUAAGUGGCUGGUGGAUUCAAACGGCUUGUAUUUAACCCGCUGCACUACUAGAGCUGCUCUUGGUAUCCCUGGAGAUGUAGAAAAACUGGAGUCUGAGAAAUUUUCAAGUGAAGGUUAUGCAAUGGUCUCUGCAAGAUGGUUUAUUCUUGAAUUGGAGCUUUUUAAGACUGACAUAUGCUGGUACUUCAUCUUCUAUAAGUGGACUCUUUCUUUUCUGAAGACAACUACAUAAGCAGACAAAAUUGCAAAGAUCUGCCCUGUGUCGAGUAUGACAGCCACGACUCGUGGCUCUCCAGUAGGAGGGAAUGACAACCAGGGCCAGGCUCCUGAUGGACAGUCUCAGCCCCCCCUCCAACAGAAUCAGACUUCAUCACCUGAUUCUUCCAAUGAGAAUUCCCCAGCAACCCCCCCAGAUGAACAAGGUCAAGGUGAUGCCCCACCGCAGAUUGAAGAUGAGGAACCUGCAUUUCCGCACACUGAUCUGGCAAAGUUGGAUGACAUGAUCAACAGGCCUCGAUGGGUGGUUCCAGUUUUGCCGAAAGGGGAAUUAGAAGUACUUUUAGAAGCUGCUGUUGAUCUUAGUAAAAAAGGCCUUGACAUUAAAAGUGAAGCCUGUCAGCGUUUUUUUCGAGAUGGGCUAACAAUAUCAUUCACUAAAAUCCUUACAGAUGAGGCAGUGAGUGGCUGGAAGUUUGAAAUUCAUAGAUGUAUUAUUAACAAUACUCAUCGUCUGGUGGAGCUAUGUGUGGCCAAGUUGUCCCAAGACUGGUUUCCACUACUAGAACUUCUCGCCAUGGCCUUAAAUCCUCAUUGCAAAUUCCAUAUCUAUAAUGGUACACGUCCGUGUGAAUCUGUUUCCUCAAGUGUUCAGUUACCUGAAGAUGAAUUCUUCGCUCGUUCUCCAGACCCUCGAUCACCAAAAGGUUGGUUGGUGGAUCUUCUCAACAAAUUUGGCACUUUAAAUGGAUUCCAGAUUUUGCAUGAUCGUUUUAUUAAUGGAUCAGCAUUAAACGUUCAAAUAAUUGCAGCCCUUAUAAAACCAUUUGGACAAUGCUAUGAGUUUCUCACUCUUCAUACAGUGAAAAAGUUCUUUCUUCCAGUCAUUGAAAUGGUUCCACAGUUUUUAGAAAACUUAACUGAUGAAGAACUGAAAAAAGAAGCUAAGAAUGAAGCAAAAAAUGAUGCCCUUUCAAUGAUUAUUAAGUCUUUGAAGAAUUUAGCUUCAAGGGUUCCAGGACAAGAAGAAACUGUAAAAAAUUUAGAAAUAUUUAGGUUAAAAAUGAUACUAAGAUUAUUGCAAAUUUCUUCUUUCAAUGGAAAGAUGAAUGCACUGAAUGAAGUCAAUAAGGUUAUAUCUAGUGUAUCAUAUUACACCCAUCGGCAUGGUAACCCUGAGGAGGAAGAGUGGCUCACAGCUGAGCGAAUGGCAGAAUGGAUACAGCAGAAUAGUAUUUUAUCUAUAGUCCUGCGAGACAGUCUUCAUCAACCACAGUAUGUAGAAAAGCUGGAGAAGAUUCUUCGUUUUGUUAUCAAAGAAAAAGCUCUGACCUUACAAGAUCUUGAUAAUAUCUGGGCAGCACAGGCAGGGAAACAUGAAGCUAUUGUGAAGAAUGUGCAUGAUCUACUAGCAAAGUUGGCAUGGGACUUUUCUCCUGAACAACUUGAUCAUCUUUUUGAUUGCUUUAAGGCUAGUUGGACAAAUGCAAGUAAAAAACAACGGGAAAAGCUGCUCGAGCUGAUCCGUCGCCUGGCAGAAGAUGACAAAGAUGGUGUAAUGGCACAUAAAGUGUUGAACCUGUUGUGGAAUCUGGCCCACAGCGAUGAUGUGCCUGUAGACAUUAUGGAUCUGGCACUCAGUGCCCACAUAAAAAUACUAGAUUAUAGUUGCUCCCAGGACCGUGACACACAAAAGAUCCAGUGGAUAGAUCGCUUUAUAGAAGAACUUCGCACAAAUGACAAAUGGGUAAUCCCCGCACUGAAACAAAUUAGAGAAAUUUGUAGUUUGUUUGGUGAAGCACCUCAAAACUUGAGUCAAACCCAGCGAAGUCCUCAUGUAUUUUACCGCCAUGACUUAAUUAAUCAACUCCAGCACAAUCAUGCCCUGGUUACUUUGGUAGCAGAAAACCUUGCAACUUACAUGGAAAGCAUGAGACUCUAUGCUAGAGACCAUGAAGACUAUGACCCACAAACUGUUAGGCUGGGAAGUAGAUAUAGUCAUGUUCAAGAAGUCCAAGAACGACUUAACUUCCUUAGAUUUUUAUUGAAGGAUGGCCAGCUCUGGCUCUGUGCUCCUCAAGCAAAACAAAUAUGGAAGUGCUUAGCAGAGAAUGCAGUUUACCUUUGUGAUCGAGAAGCUUGCUUUAAGUGGUAUUCCAAGUUGAUGGGGGAUGAACCAGACUUAGAUCCUGAUAUUAACAAGGACUUCUUUGAAAGUAAUGUGCUUCAGCUAGAUCCCUCCUUAUUAACUGAAAACGGGAUGAAAUGUUUUGAGCGAUUCUUCAAAGCUGUGAAUUGUCGGGAAGGAAAACUUGUAGCAAAAAGAAGAGCCUAUAUGAUGGAUGAUUUGGAGUUAAUAGGCUUAGACUACCUUUGGAGGGUCGUGAUUCAGAGUAAUGAUGACAUUGCUAGCAGAGCAAUAGAUCUCCUUAAAGAGAUAUACACAAAUCUUGGUCCGAGGUUACAGGUCAAUCAGGUGAGAAUUGAGAUAUAUGAAAAUGCACACAUCUCACCGGGAAGAGCUUUUCGUGGUAAACACCUGUCUUUUAUAGUUCGAUUUCCAAACCAAGGCAGACAGGUUGAUGACUUGGACGUGUGGUCUCAUACAAAUGACACAAUUGGUUCGGUACGACGUUGUAUUCUCAAUCGCAUUAAGGCCAAUGUUGCCCAUACAAAAAUUGAGCUUUUCGUUGGUGGUGAGCUGAUAGAUUCUGCAGAUGAUAGAAAGCUGAUUGGACAAUUAAAUUUAAAAGAUAAAUCGUUAAUUACAGCUAAACUUACCCAAAUAAGUUCCAAUAUGCCUUCAAGUCCGGAUAGUUCUUCUGAUUCUUCAACUGGAUCACCUGGAAACCAUGGAAAUCAUUACAGUGAUGGUCCCAAUCCAGAAGUGGAAAGCUGUUUGCCUGGGGUGAUAAUGUCACUGCAUCCCAGAUACAUCUCUUUCCUUUGGCAAGUUGCUGACUUGGGUAGCAGCCUCAAUAUGCCACCUCUUAGAGAUGGAGCAAGAGUACUUAUGAAACUUAUGCCACCAGAUAGCACUACAAUAGAAAAACUAAGAGCUAUUUGUUUGGACCACGCAAAACUUGGCGAGAGCAGCCUUAGCCCAUCUCUUGACUCCCUUUUCUUUGGGCCCUCAGCCUCACAAGUGCUAUACUUAACAGAGGUUGUCUAUGCCUUGUUAAUGCCUGCUGGUGCACCUCUGGCUGAUGAGUCCUCUGACUUUCAAUUUCAUUUCUUGAAAAGUGGUGGUCUUCCCCUUGUCCUGAGUAUGCUGACAAGAAACAACUUCCUUCCAAAUGCAGACAUGGAAACUCGAAGGGGUGCCUACCUCAAUGCUCUUAAAAUAGCCAAACUGUUGCUCACUGCCAUUGGCUAUGGCCAUGUGCGAGCUGUGGCAGAAGCUUAUCAUCCUGGUGUAGAAGGCGUGAAUCCCAUGACAUCGGUCAACCAAGUUACUCAUGAUCAAGCAGUGGUGCUACAAAGUGCCCUUCAGAGUAUUCCUAAUCCAUCAUCUGAGUGCAUGCUUAGAAAUGUGUCCAUUCGUCUUGCUCAGCAGAUAUCUGAUGAGGCUUCAAGGUACAUGCCUGAUAUUUGUGUGAUUAGAGCUAUACAGAAAAUUAUUUGGGCAUCAGGAUGUGGGGCAUUACAGCUAGUAUUUAGCCCCAAUGAAGAAAUUACAAAAAUCUAUGAAAAGACCAAUGCUGGCAAUGAGCUGGACUUGGAAGAUGAACAAGUUUGCUGUGAAGCAAUGGAAGUGAUGACAUUAUGUUUCGCCUUGAUUCCGACAGCCUUAGAUGCACUUAGUAAAGAAAAGGCUUGGCAAACAUUCAUUAUUGACUUACUAUUGCACUGUCAAAGCAAAACUGUCCGGCAGGUGGCACAGGAGCAAUUCUUUCUGAUGUGCACAAGAUGCUGCAUGGGACACAGGCCUCUGCUUUUCUUCAUUACUUUGCUGUUUACCGUUUUGGGGAGCACUGCCAGAGAGAGAGCUAAACAUUCCGGCGACUACUUCACUCUUUUAAGGCACCUUCUUAAUUAUGCUUACAAUAGUAAUAUAAAUGUGCACAAUGCUGAAGUUCUUCUCAACAAUGAAAUUGAUUGGCUUAAAAGAAUUAGGGAUGAUGUUAAAAGAACAGGUGAGACAGGUGUUGAAGAAACCAUCUUAGAAGGCCACCUUGGGGUGACAAAAGAGUUACUGGCCUUUCAAACUCCUGAGAAAAAAUAUCAUAUUGGUUGUGAAAAAGGAGGUGCUAAUCUCAUCAAAGAGUUAAUUGAUGAUUUCAUCUUUCCUGCAUCCAACGUUUACCUGCAGUAUAUGAGAAAUGGAGAAUUGCCUGCUGAGCAGGCUAUUCCAGUCUGUAGUUCACCAGCUACCAUUAAUGCAGGUUUUGAGUUACUGGUAGCAUUAGCUGUUGGCUGUAUGAGGAAUCUCAAACAGAUUGUAGACUCUUUAACGGAAAUGUAUUACAUUGGCACGGCCAUAACUACCUGUGAAGCACUUACUGAGUGGGAAUAUCUGCCACCUGUUGGACCCCGCCCACCAAAAGGAUUUGUGGGACUGAAAAAUGCCGGUGCUACUUGCUACAUGAACUCUGUGAUUCAGCAACUAUACAUGAUUCCUUCGAUCAGGAAUGGCAUUCUUGCAAUUGAAGGCACAGGUAGUGAUGUGGAUGAUGACAUGUCUGGAGAUGAAAAGCAGGACAAUGAGAGCAAUGUCGACCCCAGAGACGAUGUCUUUGGGUAUCCUCAACAGUUUGAAGACAAAGCAGCAUUAAGUAAAACAGAAGAUCGGAAGGAGUACAAUAUCGGUGUUCUCCGCCACCUCCAAGUCAUCUUUGGCCAUCUAGCUGCUUCUCGACUGCAGUAUUAUGUACCCAGAGGCUUUUGGAAGCAGUUCAGGCUUUGGGGUGAACCUGUUAAUCUACGGGAACAACAUGAUGCUUUAGAAUUUUUUAAUUCAUUGGUGGAUAGUUUAGAUGAAGCUUUAAAAGCCUUAGGACAUCCAGCUAUGCUAAGUAAAGUCUUAGGAGGUUCCUUUGCUGAUCAGAAGAUUUGUCAAGGCUGUCCACAUCGGUACGAGUGUGAGGAAUCUUUUACGACUCUGAAUGUAGACAUUAGAAAUCACCAAAACCUUCUUGAUUCUUUGGAGCAGUAUGUCAAAGGAGAUUUAUUAGAAGGUGCAAAUGCCUAUCAUUGUGAAAAAUGCAAUAAAAAGGUUGAUACUGUAAAGCGCUUAUUAAUUAAAAAAUUACCUCCUGUUCUUGCUAUCCAAUUAAAACGAUUUGACUAUGACUGGGAAAGAGAAUGUGCAAUCAAGUUCAAUGACUAUUUUGAAUUUCCUCGAGAGCUAGACAUGGAACCUUACACUGUUGCCGGUGUUGCAAAGCUGGAAGGAGAUAAUGUAAACCCAGAGAGUCAGUUGAUACAACAGAAUGAGCAGUCUGAAAGUGAGACAGCAGGAAGCACAAAAUACAGGCUUGUGGGCGUGCUUGUUCAUAGUGGUCAGGCAAGCGGCGGACAUUAUUAUUCUUACAUCAUUCAGAGGAAUGGUGGAGACGGUGAGCGAAAUCGGUGGUACAAAUUUGAUGAUGGAGAUGUAACCGAGUGCAAAAUGGAUGAUGACGAAGAGAUGAAAAACCAGUGUUUUGGUGGCGAAUACAUGGGAGAAGUGUUUGAUCACAUGAUGAAGCGUAUGUCAUACAGACGUCAGAAAAGGUGGUGGAAUGCUUACAUACUUUUUUAUGAACGAAUGGACACAAUAGACAAAGACGAUGAGUUGAUAAGAUAUAUAUCAGAACUUGCUAUCACCACAAGACCCCAUCAGAUUGUUAUGCCAUCGGCCAUUGAGAGAAGUGUACGGAAACAGAAUGUGCAAUUCAUGCAUAAUCGAAUGCAGUAUAGUUUAGAGUAUUUCCAGUUCAUGAAAAAACUACUUACAUGUAAUGGUGUUUACUUAAAUCCUCCUCCAGGACAAGAUCACCUGUUGCCUGAAGCAGAAGAAAUCACUAUGAUUAGUAUUCAGCUUGCUGCUAGAUUCCUCUUUACCACAGGAUUUCACACAAAGAAAAUAGUUCGUGGUUCUGCCAGUGAUUGGUAUGAUGCACUGUGCAUCCUACUUCGUCACAGCAAGAAUGUACGUUUUUGGUUUGCCCAUAACGUUCUUUUUAAUGUUUCCAAUCGUUUCUCUGAAUACCUUCUGGAGUGCCCCAGUGCAGAAGUGAGGGGGGCAUUUGCAAAACUGAUAGUUUUUAUUGCACAUUUUUCCUUGCAAGAUGGACCUUGUCCUUCACCUUUUGCAUCUCCUGGACCUUCUAGUCAGGCUUACGAUAACUUAAGCUUGAGUGAUCACUUAUUAAGAGCAGUACUAAAUCUCCUGAGAAGGGAAGUUUCAGAGCAUGGGCGUCAUUUACAACAAUAUUUCAACCUGUUUGUGAUGUAUGCCAAUUUAGGUGUGGCAGAAAAGACACAGCUUCUGAAAUUGAGUGUACCUGCUACCUUUAUGCUGGUAUCUUUAGAUGAAGGACCAGGCCCUCCGAUCAAAUAUCAAUAUGCUGAAUUAGGCAAGUUAUACUCGGUAGUGUCACAGCUGAUCCGCUGUUGCAAUGUCUCAUCAAGAAUGCAGUCUUCAAUCAAUGGUAAUCCUCCCCUUCCUAAUCCUUUUGGCGAUCCCAAUUUAUCACAAUCCAUAAUGCCAAUUCAGCAGAAUGUGGCAGAUAUUCUGUUUGUGAGAACAAGUUAUGUGAAGAAAAUCAUUGAAGACUGCAGUAACUCAGAGGAAACCGUCAAGUUGCUUCGUUUUUGCUGCUGGGAAAAUCCUCAGUUCUCGUCUACUGUCCUCAGUGAACUUCUGUGGCAGGUUGCAUAUUCAUAUACCUACGAACUGCGGCCCUAUUUGGACCUGCUUUUGCAGAUCUUGCUGAUUGAGGAUUCUUGGCAGACUCACAGAAUUCAUAACGCACUUAAAGGAAUUCCAGAUGACCGUGAUGGACUAUUUGAUACAAUCCAGCGCUCAAAGAAUCACUAUCAAAAAAGGGCCUAUCAGUGUAUCAAAUGUAUGGUGGCUCUCUUUAGCAAUUGUCCUGUUGCUUACCAAAUCCUACAGGGCAAUGGCGACCUGAAAAGAAAGUGGACCUGGGCAGUGGAAUGGCUUGGAGAUGAGCUGGAAAGGCGCCCGUACACUGGCAAUCCUCAGUACACCUAUAAUAAUUGGUCUCCUCCAGUACAGAGCAAUGAAACAUCAAAUGGUUAUUUCUUGGAGAGAUCACAUAGUGCUAGGAUGACACUUGCAAAAGCUUGUGAACUCUGUCCAGAGGAGGUAAAAAAAGCCACCAGUGUGCCGCAGAUAGAAAUGGAAGAAAGCAAAGAGCCAGAUGACCAAGAUGCCCCAGAUGAGCAUGAGUCACCCCCACCAGAAGAUGCUCCAUUAUAUCCCCACUCACCAGGAUCUCAGUACCAACAGAAUAACCAUGUGCAUGGACAACCGUAUACAGGCCCAGCUGCACAUCACAUGAACAACCCCCAGCGAUCUGGCCAACGCCCACAGGAGCAUUAUGAAGGCAGUGAAGAAGUGCCCCCACCUCAGACGAAGGAUCAGUGAUGUGCACGUACUUAACUGGUUCCAUCAAGACUGUGCACCCAGGCCUUACAGUCCAACUUUUUUCUGUGUCUGGCUAAUAUUUAAAACUAGAAAAAACUAUUCCUAAUCAACUUGGAGUGGAGAGUUUAUUCACUGUCUUAUCUGCAGAAAUUUGCUGUCAAUAUAUAACCCGCCUGCAGUGGAAAGUGUAUAGUGUUUUGUAAUAAAUGGCCUGAUGCUAAUGUGUAAAUGGCAAAGGUGUAUAUAGUAUAUUAAUGUUUGACUGUUAAUUCUUAAGCAAGGAACUUUUUUCUUGAUGAGACUCACAGAUCUACAAAAAACUACAAAAGUUAAUUUUCUCGUGAUUCCCACUGCAUUCUGCAACCAGUGUUGCCUGCCUCGUGGCAGUUGGAUCUCAACUCUUUUACAAAAACAAAGCUAAACUAAACCAACAGCAACAAAAGAGCCCAUCCGUGUCAGCCGCCCACACCAGAAUUCCAUGUUAGUUCUUGCCAUUGAAGUCAGUUUUGCUAUGAGCAAUGUAAAGCUGGUAAUCUUUGAAUUAUUUGGUUGAUGUUGAAAAUUGGUGAUGUUACAUUGUUUCUAGAUCUUUUUCAUUGCCUUUUUAUUCAGAUACUAGGUUAAUCACUUUGAAGCUAUAGUUAUGCUGUAACAUUUAGCAUGGCUUCACACAGAGUUAGUGUAGCCAAUGAGGAAAAAAAUUACUAUUAUGACAGCAGUUGUCCCCAAGUGGCAGCUGUAUUGCUCAGAGCUUUUCCUUACACCUAGACUAUAAAAGCUAAAAUGAGGGAAGAAACGUGCGAGGCAGGCAGUUUUCGGUUACACAUAGUUCCUUACAUCUGAUGUUUGACAGUUUGCCCUCUGGGUGGAGAAAGAACACUUUGGUUUCAGUAAUGGGAAUUUUUAAAGGUUGAAAACAAAUAUGCAAAAAUUUGCUAUGCCAGGACUCUCGGGGCAUAAUAGAAGAUUGUAUUUGGUGUGCUUGUUUUCUUUCUUUGGUAGAGCUUAUUAGGCAAAUCUUGUCAAGCUUUACUUCUGCUGGAUCCCAGUAAGGUGUGGAAGGGCUCAGAAUCAGUCUCCACUGCACCAAGAUGUCAGGCUCAUUUUCUGCUCAGUCACAAUGUUACUUGAAAGCAAGAAUUGCCCUAGCUCCUCUUCUAGUCCAAAAUGUUUGAUGUUCGAGGCAAGGUUUAAUUCAAAAGAAGAAAACUACUGGAUAGCCAAUAUCAUUGAGGUAACAGCGAUUUCAGAAUAAACAGUUGAUUAAAGAUUCUAAGGGGCUCCAGUUAAUAUUGUAUUUAAAAGAGAAUUGGUAACUUGAAUGUGUGUAAUUUUUUUCAAACCUGUCUACAUACCAAAUACCCCUGCAAACAGAUACAGCCCACCCUGUUCUAUUUAAAUAUUUUGCUGUUUUAUUUUAUAGAAAUUAUUUUGCUGGAUUCACAAAUAGAAUUUGAUUUACGAAGAACUUUUUGUCCUGUGGUAUGUUUUGGGCCCUCCUUUCCACCCACCCCUUUCAUUUUUGGUUACUUUAUUUUUUUGUCUUUCUUUUCAAGGAUUGCGUAUUAAAAUCGAUUCUGUGCAUAGCAUGCCAGGGGGCAUGCCACUGAGUUCAGUUACCGUACAGUUUUUGUGCACAGAAAGAGUUGACCUUUGGCCCUUUACUAAAGAUUACCCACCCCUCCCUCCCAAAUUUAGGAUGUUGACACACUGUAAAAGUUUCCUAACAUUAAAUCAAUCUUGUACUUUUUGUAUGUUUUUUAUAUACAUGUAUAUUUAAUGAGCACAAGCUUGGUUGUAUUUUUUACAAUUCAGUUACUAGGGAAAUGUUUUGUCAAAGGCUAUAGUUGGAACUGAACAAAGCAGAAACAAAAUUGAGAAUUGCAUUAUUUUGUGAUUAAAAAGGGGCAGGUAUUUAAGAAAAAGCUUUGGGUAUCUUAUUUGCAGUAAUACUCUAUAAUCCAUCUAAUGCUUCUAGGCUUUUUCUAAUGUUAGGGCAUUUUGACACCAAGAUAGAAUCAGUUUUUACUUUCAGCACAUCUAAAUUUUCCAUUUGAGCAAAAGUGUGCCGUGUUUGCAAUUCCAAUGGAUAGUUUUGAUUUAAAACCACAAGUACAGACUUCCUCAACAAUGAGCAAAAUAAGUUACCUUUGUUGGGACAAUUUACUUUGGUUCCGUAUGCCCUGUGAGUUUUGUAAAUUUUUGCUCCUCAAAAAAAGUACUUAAUUUGAAACAUUUCGCUGACUUGCUAGACGUUUUGAAAGGCUGUGAAUUUUUUUCCUGUGUGGGAGAUUCCCACCCCAGUUCCUUUCGUAUUUCCAGGUGAGGGCUUGCAAAUCAUUUGUUCUUCCUCUGAGCAGUAGCAAGGAUAAGUUCAUGGAGAAAAUUGUUACUGGUUUAUUGCAAAUCAUUUCCUGUUUUUAACUCCCUAAACAAGCAUUAAUGUAUAACCAGGACUUUUUAAAAGAUGCAUGUGUUCCAUUGUGAGAACAACACAGUAUGAUUUUGAGGUUCUUUUGGGGACAUAAAUGGCACGCUUACAAUUGCAAGUCUUCAAAGUGCCUGAAGAUGGCUUAAUUCUCCCUCAACUGAUUUCUUGAGCCAUAUAUUUCCUACUUUAAAUGUUUGUUGAGGGGUCUCUAGUCUAAUCUUCCUUUGAGAGAUAGAGCCCCAGAACCCUAAAUGGCAUGUUCCUUUGUAUAGAAGCCAGUAGACUCUGUUCAGUGUAAAGACGGACAAUGAUCUUUAGUUAUAAAGCAAUGUGAAGUAGGUUUUUCCCUAUUGGAUCUAAGUAUCACGUGCACAAGUUGAUAAAAACCAUCCUGCUGCUGUUUCUAAGCCCUCCACCAACUGAAUUUUCCUGUUAAGCAUUAUAGAGGCAGACACAUGCGCUUUUAAUCAUUUUUGGAGUUUCUGUCUUGUCGAUUUUUCUCUCGGUGAUCAUGUCCCAGCUGUCAUGUAUACAUAUUUAGAAUUACCUGAAUUUUUUUUUCAUGGUUAACUUUUACUAGUGAAUAAUGAUAACAAGUAUUUAAGCUUAAUAAUGGUUAAAGGGGAGUCCCCGAGUGGUGCUACUAACUGAAAGGUGGGUUUGAGGCAGCCCUGAGGCACCUUGGAAGAAAGGCUUUGGCGUGCUACCUCCAACACGUUAGCCAGGGAAAGCCCUGUGGGACCCAGUUCUCCUGAUGCACACAAAUUGUGCCAGGUCCCAGGAUUUAAUGGUGAAAGAGAUCUGGAGCCUUUUUAAUGUAAAAUAACAUUUGUAAAUGCAAGCAAACGUUGGUGAACAUUCAGAUGACUACUACAAAAUUUUUUAAUAGAUCUUGAGUUCUCCCAUAAGCUGGUUUACUUUGCUGAGUUUUAUGGUUUAUUUGGUAGAUAUACCCUGCCUUAUUUACAAUUGUAACUGGGUAAGAAAAUUGCCUUUUCAUUGUAAGUGCCCAAUCUUGGUCUCUAGUUUGAGAUACUGCCCAGAACCUACAAUGGUGUCCCUCUUCCUUCAGUUUUGUGUUAUUGGGGGAGGGGAGGGGGCAAUACUGUUUUUGAGGUCGGCUUGACCACAAUCAGCCUACAGGUUUGGGGAUGUGAUAAAUCACUACAGAAGUGCUAAAUGUGCAAAAACAAAAAACGCUGCCGAUUGUAUUUAUACACUUAUUUUGCGUUUGCGUAGAUGUAGCACUCUUCCUCCAAAUUUGUAGGUUCAAGGAAGGUGGGGGUGGGGGGGCAUUUUCAACUCAGAAAUGAGUGGGGACAUUUUUAUUUUGAAAUCUCCCAAAAGGAAAUUUCACCCUCCCAUAUCCUGCUUUUCAGCCUUUCACAAGCCAACAGACUGACGUGCAGAUUGUCCACAGUUCCUAAGAUUUAGCAUAUAUCCCAAAAUAAAACUUUAUAAAUUAAA